GUUGUUGAGCCAUGGUUGAUGUACGUUAGCCGAAUGUGAAUGUCUAGUGAGACUUGUUUACUGACAUUUCUCGAGGAUUACUGGAAGAAAUCUGGUGAAAUUCUUAGGAUUUUUAGACUGGAUAACUAGAAACAAUAUCCACAUCAGCAACAAUGGCUGGGGAUGACCCUCCAUUUUUGCCAGUUGGCACAGAAGUUAGUGCCAAAUACAGAGGAGCCUUUUGUGAGGCUAAGGUGAAGAAGAUAGUGAGAUCUGUUAAGUGCAAGAUUUAUUUGAAAGAGACAUUAAAUUCUGUUGUGGUAACUGAUGACCACAUCACUAAAGGAUCACUGAAAGUUGGUUCCACUGUAGAAUACAAGAACCCUGACACAGGCCAGCCUAUGGAAGCAGUAAUCAACAAGUUAACAGACUGUAGCAUGUAUACAGUGGUUUUUGAUGAUGGUGAUGAAAAAACUUUACGAAGAACUCAGUGUUGUCUGAAGGGAGAAAAGCAUUUUAUUGAAAGUGAGACACUUGACAAUCUUCCCCUAUCCCACCCUGAGCAUUUUGGUACACCAGUAAUGAGCAGCAAGACAAAGAGGAGAAGUGGAAGACCAAUCUUUGGUAAUGAAGAAGAAGAGUCAGAAGAAGAAAGCACAGAUGAAAGCCUACCCAGGAGAGCAGCGUACAAGGGGAAGAACCAGGAGCUGGUGGGGAAGGUGUUUUUGGCAGAAAUUGGGGAGAAGAAGAAACAGGUGCUUCCUGUCCUUGUUGUGUUACCUGAUGCUCACGCCACAGAGCUGAGAACCAAGGACCACCUCCUCGUCAAGUCAUUCAAAGAUGGAAAAUUUCACACAUACCAAAGAAAAGAAUUGAAAGACUUCAGCAAAGAGGCAAUCGCUAAAAUUGAAGACAAGAAUGCAAAACAAGCUUUAGAGAGAGCAGUCACUUUCUCAGAAAAACAAGAAUUGCCGAGUAACUGGGAGAGAGAAGAGCUACUGGGCACUGACGAGGAAGACUUCUCUGAUGAGGAAGAGGGAUCUGAUGAUGAACCUAGUGAAGAAAAGGAUCGCUUUGUUGCUCAGCUGUACAAGUUUAUGGAUGAUAGAGGAACCUCAAUCAAUAGGAUGCCAACCCUUGGAAGUAAAGACCUGAAUUUGUACCGCCUUUUUAACAUUGUUCAAACCCUUGGUGGAUACAACAAGGUCACAAACUCCAACAAGUGGAAAGCUGUUGCAGGUAGAAUGAAAACUGGACUGCCUUCUCAGAACAUGGUGUCUCAUCAGCUCAAAACUGCCUACAAAAAGUACUUGCAUGCAUUUGAAGAUUUUUAUCGCAAGUUGGGCAGCACAAUGGGCACAAUCAGUAGACCUGGUAGGAGCCGUAAUAACUCUGGCAGAGGAAUGGGGGUCUACAAAAGUCAAGUCAAAGAGCAAGAAAAGAUCACUGCUACAGAGAAGGAAGAAUCCAAGAGUGAUGGAGAAUCAGACGUGGAUGAUGGAGAUUCCAGGUCAACAAGAUCUCCUCCAAAACGAGAACGAGUGACCAGGCGUGACCUGGAUUUUGUUGUGCGGGAGAACAGAGAGAGGAGGGAUGGUAGUAAGGACUCACGACGCAGUGACACAUUUAAACAGGAGGAGGACAGCAAAAAGUCUGUUGUGAUUAAAGAGGAUGCAAAGAGGACAAAGUCUGGGAAAAAGCAGGAGGAAAAGAAAGAGAGUGAUGAUGAAGAGCCAGAGGCUGGAAAACAGGAAGACAAGAAAAAGACUAUCAGAAGAAGGUCUGCAAGGAAAGAGGAGAUAAAGAAAGAGGAAGAGGAGGAAACAGAGGAAAAGAAAACUGAUCCAAAGACAAAAUCCAAGGUGGCAGCAAACAAGGAGCCCGAGGGUAAACCAGGAUCAAAAAAGCAGGAUGAUGUGAAAAAUGACAAGAAAGAUGAUAAGAAAGUAGAAGCUAAAAAGGAAAAAGCAAAGGUGACAAAGAAAGAUAUAAAGAAGGAAGUAGUAGAGGAAGAGAGCAAAGAGGCACCUGUAGAUAAGGUAGAGAAAAAGACAAAGAAAGAAGUCACUAAAAAGAGCAAGAAUGAAGAGGAGUCAACUCCAGGGAAGAAGAAAAGUAAAGAGGAGGAGGAAGAAGAAAUGGAAAUUAUAGAAGAGUCCAAGCCCUUGGCAGCUAAUGAAUAUCCCAUGGGCACAAAGCUCCAAGUAAAGUAUGGAAAGGGAAGGACAGAAAAAGUUUAUGAUGCCAAGAUAAUUGAAAUCCAAAGAUCCAAUGGACUUCAGUAUCUUGUUCAUUAUGCAGGUUGGAAUAUGAGGUAUGAUGAGUGGAUCCGUCCAGAACAGAUUGUGAAUGUUCUCAACAAACCCAGUGAUAUUGCAGCAUUGAAAAAGAAAGCCAAAGAAUCUCCACCCAAAUCUCCAAAAGCCCCAGUCAGCAAAAAAGGGAAAUCCCCUGCCUCAGCCCCCUCUCCCUCGCCAUCCCCUGUACCAGGAGGCCAGCGUGAAUCUCGCCCGGUGAAACG